UCUCUCUCUCUCUCUCUCUCUACUGGAAGGAGUUUUUCGUCUGAGUUUCCUCCAUCUCUCCACGUCUUUUUUUCCUCCAAUAUGGCGACCUCUCCGGGCACCAGCACCACCACCACCACUAUGACCGUGACCGUGACCCUCCUGCUGACCUUGGCCUUAUGCGGGGUGACAGCGGGGCCCCUCAACAGUGUGCACGGGGACCUAUGCAAGAAAAUGAAUGGAAGGCGAUAUUAUCUUGAAGCAAAUACACAAGCUAAGGUUUCAGCAAUUAAUGUAACCCUUCCUUUGUACCCACGGCUGGUGCAUCCUUCGAAGGUCAAGUUGGCGCCCCUGCCGUUUCACCGUCUCCCUGUGCAGCAUAGGCGUUCGGAGAGAGACAGUGCGAUGCCCACCACCACCACCACCACCACCACCACCACCACCACCACCACAGCCUCAGCCCCGGCCCCUGACCCCGUGCUGUCUGAGCCCACGGCCCCCUCCACCCUCAUGCACCACCCACACCUGGAGAAGGAGGAAGAGGAGGAGGAGGAGGAGGGGGUAAGUUUGGCCUCCUCCAUGAGUGAGCCGUUCAGGUGUGGGUCAGAAUUCUACACCUGCCCAGAAUGUCACUUGGAGUUCACGUUUGUAAGGGUUAAUCUGCCGUCCUGCUCCCACGACCACUCCUGCAGGUGUGAUUACCUGAGGGUGCGAGAGCCACCGUACACAGGCGGGGGCGGUGGGCGUGACGUGUGCUCCACGGGCGGCCCCUCCCCCCCUUCCUUCGCCACGCAGACAAGGGAGGUAAUCGUGGACUUUCUCUAUGCCACCAGACACGCCCACGCCUUCUCCAUCACCAUCACUGCCAGGCGCAACCAGUACCACAUCACCGGGGAGGUUAACAAGACCAGGGGAUACAUCAGCUCCCCGUUCUUCCCCGAGCUGUACCCGAAGGAGCACUGGAUGGAAUACAGAUUGCAAGCACACCAUCCGAACACGAGGGUCAAGAUUAAUUUUCUCGACUUCUUGUUGUCACCUUGGAGUUACGUCGAGGUGGAAGACACAAACAAGACUCGGGUGGGGCGUCUUCAGUGGCAGCGUCUUCAGGCCUCCAAUUCUUGUGUCUUCCGGCCCCUCACCUCACUGUUCGCUUUAACGGGAAUGGAGAAACAGCAAGGGGCUUCAAUCUUCAGUACUCCUUCGUCAGCGCUGGCUCACCCGAAAGCAUACCAGCCGUUACAGGGAUUCGUCACCAACUUCGGGGGUACAAUCACAAUGAUGAAUAUGGCGAAGGGGGGAGAGAAACCUUCACCAUGUAUGACUGUGUUUGGAUAUUUCGUUCUCCCAGCAACUUCGCUUUUAAAUCCCCACUUAUCCAUCCGCCUGGUGCAGUUUGAAGACGUGGUGGCAGGAUCUAUGCUGGAGAUCCGUCAGGGCAUCACUAGCCGCGACUACCUGCUGGAGACGGUGCUAGCGGGUCAAGGGAAGCCAGCGACCCGUGGGAAUGAACACGUAGCGGCUGCAGACACUGGGUUCUACGUGAGGCUUCGUGGCGCCUUCACACAAAAAUCUAAACUUGCUAUUGUCUAUUCAUCCUUCAGUUACAUUGGCAACUGCUACCCUGUCACCGAUUUCCUUUGCAAAAACCACCGCUGUAUUCCGAAAAUGCUGGGCUGUGACGGCUUCGACCACUGCGGAGAUGGAAGUGACGAACCUUCCUCCUGUUAUGUGGGCCUAGGGAACAACAGUCUCACCCCAGAGGACUCCGCUUGGUGGUAUCAAAACACCCCUAACUAUUACUUCCCCCAGAAGAAUAACUUGCUGCUAGGAGGGCCACACGGAUGGUCUAGCCUCAUUCUUUUCCUAGCUUUGAUUGCUGUAGUUCUCGUGAUGUUUGGCCUUCUGUCUAACAUGUUCCGGGCCGGAGUGCAUGCUGGGAGUGGCGCGGGGCACAGGGAGAGGAGGAGUGGUGGUGAGAGGAGCAGCCGGGAAGCAUCCUCCCUCUCUGAUGGCGUGGAGAUCUUCGACGCCUCGGCAGACGACCCGCCCCUGUACGAGCCUCCUCCUGACUACGAGGAGGUGGUCAAGCUGAUCCUGUCUGGCAACAACCUGAAGCUGGUGCGGCGCCCCGGCGGCGUGACGGCGUGGGUGCCCGACAAAGGUGACGAGGGCAGCAGCACGGCCAGCACCCAGGCGUGGACUCCCAGCGGGCGCCCUACACGCACCCGCCACGCCUCCCUGGACCUGGAGCGCGGUGUGGAGGUGGUGCUGUGGGACGCCAAUGGCUUCCCCCGACCCCCCCGACGCGGGCCUCCUGACGCAGCCAGCGCCGCCACCGUGGCCACCACCACUAACACCACCACCACCACUGCCACGAGCCGCCCCCGCCCCGUGAUCGCCAGCCUGCCAGGCCACGUGCGCCGCUCCUCCUUGCCUGCGCCGCCCCUUCCCGAGGUGGUCCGCGCCCACGUGCAGGGCCACAGCGUGAGCAUGGCACCGGAGACCAUCACGGAGGCCCCAGAGGGCCUGGACUCCCCCGCCGGGCCGCUGCGCACGCCGCGCCACGUGGCCGUGAGAGCCAUCCAGCCUGCGCUCAGCUCCCCCUCUCUGUCCAUGCGCUCCUUCCACUACGACUCCUCGGCGCCCUCCACGCCCCGCGUCGCCACGCCCCGCGGCGGCGCGCGUGCCUCACGUGACGCUGCAGGCCGCGCCAGCCGCAUGGCCAAGCGCGCCCGCCGCCGCAAGAAGACCUCCACGCUGCGGCAGGGGCGCGCCGCUAGGAGCGACGAGGCAGCGCCGCCCUCCUACGAGGCGGCCAUGGAGGCCAGCCGCGCCUCCACGCCCGCCCUCUCCCCUCUACAAACACCCUCCCGCACCCCGGAUCCUGAGGCUGUGCCCGGCCCCUCCACCUCCUCUGCCGCCACCCAGGCCCCCGGCCCCGCCUCCCACCCAGCCCCUGUGGCUGGCCCCUCUGGCGCCCCCGGCCCCUCCCCCGCCCCCGCCCAUUCCCCCGCCAGCCUGGUGAGCGAAAGCACACAGACUAGCAUGGACCAGGAGGACGCGGCGCCCACCGAGCGCCUGCGCGCGGCGCGCAAAAUGUUCCAGCGCAUGUCGCGCGAGGCUGACGCCCACGCCCCCGCUGACACCCCCGCUCCCCGCCCCGCCUCAGCCCCCGCCCACUCCCGCCCUCCCACUGCCACGGCCGCAGCCACGCCCUCCCCCGCGCCUCGCCCCUCCGUGCGUGCUCCCGCCCGCCGCAGCCUGCCGCCCCACCACAGCGGCACCAUCUCCCGCGGCACCGUCAAGGCGCGCACUGCCAUGCUGCUGCGCGCCCGCGCCGCGGGCAACGGCAGCGGCGAGUGUGAGUGCAGCGGCGCCUGCUCCUGCGGCCACGCCCGCGCCGGCAGCUCGCGGCGUGGCGGUGCUGUGCGCUCCCGCGUCAACUACUACCUGGCGGUGCAGGAGGCGGCCAGCCCCGAGGGGCCGCCGCCCAGCCUGCCCUCCGACGCCGCCGCCAAGAAGCGCCGCAUCACCAGACCGCGCUCGUUCCCCGCCCACGCGCCGCCCGCGCCUCGCCCCGCCCCGCCCGCGCCCCGUCCCGGCCCACCCGUGGCCAGCCCCGCCUCUCCCCUGCCGCAGACGGCCGCUUCCCCCAUGGAGGAAGAUCCUGAGCGGCCCCUGCUGCCCCUGGCCAGUCCCGAGGAUGCCCCCGAGGGCGUGCUGCCCAGCAUCAGGACCAGAGUGCUGCUGUACGACGACCUCACCCGCAGCGCCACCAACUCCCCCACGCGCCCCCGCGGCCCCGCCCCACCCGCUCCCGCGUCUCCCACCCCCUUGUCCUCCGACCACAGGUCCCCGAGUCCUAAGUGCCCCAGCCCGCGCUCCCCCAGCCCUCGCUCCCCCAGCCCCCGCACGCCCAGCCCCGCCCUGCUGGAUAGCCCGGUGCGCCCCGGCCUGGUGCGCGACACCAAGAACCUGAUCCUCUCUGCCCUGCGGCAGGAGGCGCCGCCCCGCCAGGAGAGGGAGCCGCGCGUGCCCUACCUCAGGCUGCGCAGCGAGGACGCCGCCACGCCCGAGGGGGAGGCGCCCAUCUCCCCGCCCCCCCUCAGGGAGGACCAGGCGCAGAGCAUCGAGAUGUGGGACGCCUGCUGGCAGAGGAGCGAGCAGCCCCCCGCCCCAGUGAGGCAGGCGCCCCUGCCGCAGCCCCGCGCCCGCGACGCCCUCAGGCUGGAGCUGGACAAGUUCACGCCUUCGGUGCCCCUAGGAGAGUGCAGCGCGGCCUCCCCGGGGGGCGAAAAGGCGCGACGGCAGGAGGAAGCAGCCGGGGAGGGGGCGGUGAAGGAGGAGGCGAUGCAGCAGCAACAGCAGCAGGACAGGGAGGAGGUGAAGGAGGAGGAGCACACUGAGAGGAAGAAAGAGAAGAAGACUGAUGAGGAGGAGGAAGAAGAGGAGGAGGAGGAAGAGGAUGAGGAGGAAGACAGUGAGGAGGAUGAUGACGAUGAAGAAGAAGACGACAACGACGAGGACGACGCAGAAGCAGGCGACGACGACAGCGACGACCUCCAGGUGCAGGUGACCACCCUGGACGGCCCGUCACGGGGGGAGACGCCCCCCACCUCCCCAGACCCGUCCUUGCUGCCCCUGGACGAGACCCUGGACGAAACCCUGCACUCUGACGAGGAGGACGCAGGGCCCGCCGCGCCCCCCGCCCCCCGCAAGGCCCCCGUGCCCAGCCCCAGGGGCUCCAAGAUGGCGGCCUGCCCCGACAUGAGCCAGAGGGGGAUUCUGCCCCCUGGGGAGGGACGCCCACCUCGCUGGGACUAUAUUUGAAUCCCCAACCCACCUCUGUCCCCUGCUACCUGCCCCCACUGCCCCCCUCAACACUCUGGGGGCAACACAGCAGCCCCCCCUCAUCCCCAUCACCCCCACCACUAAUACUACGUCAUAAUAAUGAUAAUAAAUAAUAAUGAUGAUAAUAAUGAUAAUAAUGAUAAUAAUAAUAAUAAUAAUAAUAAUAAUAA